AGUGACCACACCACACACAACCAAACAAACUGCAGCAUGAACUUCCUCUAUCCUCAGCUCUAUAUCUACACACACCACAGACAUGUUCAGUAUUAGAGUUUAACCCUCUCCUCGUUUCUCUACACUUCCUCUGUUUGUUCUGCCCUUUCUUCACCGGACGGACUGUCGGACAUGGACAGACAGGGUGGAAAAGCAUUUGGAGCCCUGAAAUCCAAGCAAGAAGACAAGCUGAAUGCAGUUAAUGAGAAUUUUUUUCUUUGUGCUUUUUAAGAUGUUUCUUAAUGAUCCCAAAUAUGCAGACGAAGAAGACCUUAACUCCAAAUUGGAAUCCUUUAAAAAUAAAUACAUGGAGUUUGACCUAAAUGACCAAGGAGAAAUAGAUAUGAUGGGACUGAAGCGUAUGCUGGAGAAGCUGGGAGUAGCCAAGACUCAUCUUGAGCUCAAGAAAAUGAUUUCAGAGGUAGUAGGAGGAGCCUCCCGUGACACCAUCGGCUAUAGCGACUUCCUCAACAUGAUGCUGGGCAAAAGGAAUGCCAUCCUGAGAAUCAUCUUGAUGUUUGAGGACAAAGCAAAAGAACAAGAGUGUAAGGAAACUGGUCCACCACCACGAAAGACAUUUUCUGAUCUGCCAUGAAGUCAGCCCAGGGUGAACGUUAAGGCCCCGCAUGGCAACACCGACCGACUGGAAAAGAUCUAGAAUCAUUUAUGUUACUUUAAUAACCUCAGACAAAAUCAGAAACAAAAAUUGACAUGAAAGUGUGUCAUGAGUAGUAAAAAUUCAGAAUGAGAUCAACUGUAGAUACAGUUUUUUUUUCUGAAAUACAGAUAAUUUCAGAGUAUAACCAAUAAAGUGUUGGUCUGAAUUCAGAAUCUGUAAUGAAUGUUUUUUUCUUAUUCUAAAGAA